GAACAUGACACGGAAAUACGUGGCUUUCGCUGGAAAUGAGUUUCUGAAUUUGCAUGUGUUUUUUAUUGCCAACUAGUACGAUUAUUGGCUUUAACAAACGAGAGGCACUGCGGAACUGGCUACUCACUUGCGGCGCUUGGCUGAAACGUCAUGCGUCUCGGUGUCUUGACGUGACAUUGAACCUUGCUAAAAUUGAGCUUGAGGGUUUCCUCGUUUUGGAUAGUAAAGACUCAUCCGACGCAAAAAUUGCUUCGGCGAAGUUAAAUGUGCUUUCGCUGCCACGGUCCAACUCAAGAAAUCGAAAAGGCCCGGUUUUUCGUCAUAGGACGACAGUUCCUUCGGCCGAAUUUGUUCGGUGAACGGGGUCAAGGUCUAUCCUACCGCGCCUGACAAAGCGGGCUCAAGAAUUACUCCCCAAUGUGGACCUUUGAUGAGACGUUUUGUCUUUUACACGACUACUAACCGGGAAUCCUGGGUCCGACAGCAUGAAAAAUUUCGAUAUUCGAUGACCCCUUUCGAAUGAUCCACACGGGCCUGGAUCUGCCGCCGUUGUUCUCGGGUCCCAGCACCCGAAUGUCUCUCAUGGCAAACCACGUUGCAGUCACGAUGAACUUGCUGGGCAUUUCUCUAGCUCUUACUAUCCUUUUUUUUCCAAGUCUCGUCCACGGAUGGGGCUCUAUGAGGAACUCGGACAAUCAAAAUAGGGUCAUGAGUUUCGAUCGCGCACCUCUUACACCUCGCUCGUUGCGACCCAGAUCGAACGCAGCAUUCUCGUUUCUUCAAUCGGACGCUGAAGAAGAUGAUGACGAGGAAGAUGACGGAGACAAAAAAAAGGGGCACAAAAAGGCUGAGCAUGAAGGACACAAGCAUGCAGCGAAGCACCACGAGCACCACGAGGAACCGUCAGUGCAGCCGAUUGUUGCGAUUGCGACUCCUGUGCCUCAAGCGGGGGGUGCACAACAAAAGCCGCCAGAAGACCCAACAGAGGAGAAGUUUUUGGAGAAAUUGCCUGCAGCGGACAAAGAGGCCCUGCUUCACGGCAUGAUUGAUCCGUCAGUCCAUUUCCCGCUGCUCUUGCAUAUGGCGUGGAAGCAGACCUUGAGAGCUAUCAAGCACCUGAGGAAAGCGACGAGUCUCUUGGACACUACCCGUGGUCACAUGGAUGGCAUCCCGCGCGACGAAAAAAAGGUGCCUUCUGUCUCCGCUGCCGUCACCGUCGACGUUUCGGGAAAGACUAUAUCUAUUGCGGAAGUUAACAAGAAACUUCGAGAUGUUCUGACUGAAGCACAGACUGUCGAAGCAUACCUAAGCAGCGCAAGGAGCCAAAUCAACACGCAACUUGCUAAAAUCAUACCUCCGGUAAAACCGCAGCAACCGGCCGGUGCUCCUGCUCACUGAAAGGUUGUCACAAAUGCUGCUGUUGAUUCUGUUUUAGCCCUUAUUCGUUCCGAGUUGUUUAGUACAGGGACAGCAACAUCUGUUGGGUUCGAGAGGGCUGUUUCGUGGUCAAUAGCGGGGUCUGCCCUUUUUCAUGUUCCACAGUGGCGCAAAUGCUCAUCGCAGGAACGGGGAAGCGUGUUGUUCAUUGCCCACCACGCUGACUGCGGUUCUUUCCCAUCACUGGGCUCCACUGAAUUUCAAAACUGCAACAGGACAUUGCAGCUUUGUUGUGGGGCGCCGCACUCUCGUUUCCGGUUGAAAUUGUUUCUCGUUGCGCAAGAGGCUUGGCGCUGAGAUACGUCGUAAAUGAACAAGCCCCGUUUAGUGAAUGCAAUUUUCUUGACUAUUUUCCAUCGUGCCAAGAUGACCUGCGAGGGCAGUGUGGACGUCUAAGAACGAAGAGUUUCUCUUCUGAUCACGCUCUGAUACAUGCGUUUGGGCUUCUGUUUCAUGCGGCCACUCGCCAGGCGGUGACGGAGCCAGUUUGAUGCACAAAGUUUGCCCCCUAUCGCAUUCUUGGUUCUUCUCCGCCGAAGGGUGGCGAUAGGGCGACACACUGACUUACUGCAUCAAGCGAAUGUCAGGGACAUCAACAGUAUUUUUGUGAAGCCACCGAAUACGUUUCGCAUCGUUGGAUCUUCGUGCAGUCUUGUGGAUUUUCUUCCAGAAUGAGCGAUGUGGGACGUUGAGGAUAGGAACGAGAGGAUAGACCACCCAUGAGGGUACCUUCUGACAGGAAGUAGCGUUGUUGUGGGUGGUAUGGCUGAAGAUUGAAUUCCAUCACUGGCUAGCUGUAGGUGUCACACACCACCGUCGCAGACACCUAAAAUAGCCAACAAGCUUUGUUAUCUG